AUGGCGGCUGUCGUAGAGAGAGUUGAUGGAUGUGUUGGGUCCUUGGACUCAGACGCGGUGUCACCGAGACAGUCCACCCCUCCACCGGACCAGCCGCACCAGAACAACCCGCUGUUAGGACUUCCCAUUGUGGCCAUUGAGACUAUUCUCAAUUUCCUGUCUUACGAUGAAAUCAGCCUGCUUCGCUCGGUGUGUAAGCGCAUGGACAUGAUCUGCCAGCGUGUCCUGAAUCAGGGCUUCCUGAAGGUGGAGCGUUACCACAGUCUGUGCCAGAGACAAGUCAAAGCCCAGCUGCCCAGGCGAGAGUCCGAGAGGAGAAACCAUUCUCUGGCACGCCAUGCUGACAUCCUGGCUGCCGUGGAGACGCGCCUCUCUCUGCUCAACAUGACCUUCAUGAAAUAUGUCGACUCCAACCUCUGCUGCUUCAUCCCUGGAAAGGUGAUAGAUGAGAUUUAUCGUGUGUUGCGCUAUGUGAACUCCACCCGAGCCCCCCAGAGGGCUCAUGAAGUUCUGCAGGAGCUGAGGGAUAUCUCAUCCAUGGCCAUGGAGUACUUUGAUGAGAAGAUUGUCCCCAUUCUGAAGAAGAAGCUGCCGGGGGCCGACCUGUCUGGCCGCCUCAUUGGUUCUGCACCAGUGGCUGGUCCAUCUACCUCCCUGACCACCAUGUCCCUGCUGGCCAAGAACACGCCGUCGCGCUCUGAGAUGACUAAGGUGCAGCAGCAGGUGAAGGUGAACGGGGCGUCCAUGACAGUACUGCGGAGGGAGAUGCAGGAAAUUCGCGUCAAGCAGCUGGAGCAGCAGAAGCAGCUGCAGGACCAGGAGCAGAAGCUGCUGGAACAGACCCAGGUGAUCGGUGAGCAGAACGCCCGCCUUGCGGAGCUGGAGCACAAGCUCCGCGAACUGAUGGACAGUAGCGCCGCUGCUAUGGGAGGACCCAGGCCCAGCACAGCUGUCCCCUCCACAUCCGGCGCCGCCGCUGUGUCUUCCACUGUUGCCAGCACGUCUGGUACGGUGUUGGCAAGCGGCAGCGCGGCUGCAGCCUCUAUACCCAUAGAGUCAGAGGGCGAGGGAGGGUCAUCGCUCAAACGCACCAGGAAGAGCCCAGACCUUCCACGACAGUCCAAACGGCUGCGCAGCAAGAAAUAAGAGACUCAGUGUGUCGUUUAGUUCAAGUUUUGUUUUUUGUUUUUUUUGGUUUUCGAGGUCUGACUGAUCACACCUUCCCGCGUCACCCCACCCUCUCCACCAACACUCAUCACCUGUACUGUCUGUCCGAUGAGUCAGGAGUAUCCCUCUAUGCUUUAGCAGUGUUCUCGCCCCUCCCCCGCAAAACACGCACACACCAUGAUACAAAAACUUUUUUUUCUUUUUGGUGUUUUGGAUUUGACAACAACGUUAAAUGGCUCGCUGCUGCCUACCGCUGAAACACUGAGCCCGGAACAUCAUCAGGACUUCGCACAACGUUGACAGGGUCAACAUUUGAUUGUCACUUACUGUUAAAAGUGUUUUGUUAUUCUAUAUUUUUUCUUAUUCUCUGCAAAUCCCAUGGAAACACCCAAACCAACAAUGUACAAGCGUGUCUCUCAGUACUCUCUGACCUCCCUGCCCUGCCUGUGGCUCUCAGCUCCAAGCUCAUUGGUUCCUACUGAAGAAAAAGAAUUAAAGAAUUGCUCAGUAAUUUCCUAAAACAGCUGUGUGUACAGCAUUCAGCAGCAGAUUAGUCCACAUUUGGUGUUCUGAUGAGUAUUUGGGGGCAGCAGGACAGUGUGUGUGUGUGUGUGGGGCUGAGGCAAAAAUAAACUACACUCUGUGUGUGUGUGUGUGUGUGUUCAUGGUGAUGAGGGAACAUGUCACCCAGUGCAACAGUGUGGCUCACUGAUGUUUUAAAACAAUGGAGCUUCAUGGCACAGAGGAGCAUCAUUUAUCAGGCUUUAAUAUACAAAUACACAACACAUCAUCUGUAGGAGACAUUCUGUGUUGGUGUGGGUCCUCACAUGGGAUUUGUCAGCAAGAAGAAAAAUAUAGAAUGUCUCCAGAUUUACGAGGCUUCUUAGCCCCCGUAGCUAAAUCAGAGUGCAGGCGGGCGGGGCGGCCUGUCGCAGUGAAGGAAGCUGUUUAUUGAAGGUUACAUUAAAGCGACUGUACAGCUUUUUAAUGUAGAUGCUUUUCUAAGAGGCUCAUGUGGUUUUGAAAAAAAAAAAUCCGGUGUCACAAAAGAGAAAUCGUUCCCGUGAUUAAUGCGGCUUAUGUUUCUGAAAUAAAAGCAACAAAGAUAUUUUAUUUUGGAAACUUAACACAACUUAAAGGAUUUAACAGUAAAAAUACAGAGUCAUGACAGUCCUUACAUUACAAGUUAAAAUAAUCAAAGCGAACUGAAGUUGCAUGUUAUCAGUAAACAGUUUCUACCUUUAAAUUUCACCUGGGUAGGAAGUCUAAAUCCAUUUAAAAAAGAAUUUAAUUCACAUUUGCUUCUUCCUAACUCGGCUACGUGCAAUAAAAACCAUCUAAAAAAAGUAAUCAGUAAUUUCUGCCUUUUGCCAUUAGCUUGGUUGUUCUGCUCUAAAAUUGCUGCUCAGAUCUGUCCCGUUCAGUCUGAUCAGUUCUUGAAUCACCAUGAAGAGGAAGGAAUGGAGGUCUGAAAGAAGGAAAAGGGCAGGGUUCAGGGAGCUUUAGUCAAGGUGUCUCCUGUUGACUCUUGCCUUCCAGGGCCUAAACAUGGAGGUCGAUGUUGUUUAUAAAGAGAUUUCAGUUCCACAGAUAUCAUUGUCCUCUGAUCCUCAGAAAUGCGGCAGCGAUGACGGAGCCACCGUGUGUGAGAGGAAGUCGAGAAGUCGCUGUAUGUGCUGGGCUGAAGAGGACAAAGAGACGACAUAAUGUUUGGCAUGUGUCCUUUAAGGAUCAUACCAGUGUUUUCACGUGUUUCAUCCUACACACUCGCCUUGAUUCUCAAACUGUGGGAAAAAAAAACAAAAAAAACAUGGCGGCUGUUCCUGGAA